AUGGGUCUCGUGGAGUACCGACAGCACAGGCGCGACUGCCAGCGCAAGCAGGCCGAACGCGCCUCCAAGAUCGCGACACUACCCCAGCCGUACCUCUACCCGCUCUCGCCGCAAGAGCGCACGAUCCUCGGCAAGCCAAUCCAAGAGCUCGUCCAAGAUGUCCACAAGCAGAUCACCAGUCCAGUGGACAUCCUUCGCGCAUACGGAAAGGUAGCCCUUGAGGCACAGAAGAAGACCAAUUGCUUGACAGAGAUACUGUUCCCGGAGGCGGAGGAGUGGGCGAAGAACGAGAUCAAUCUGGAGGGCCCUCUGGCGGGCAUACCUGUGUCGCUGAAAGACUCGAUUCAAGUCAAGGGCUUUGAUAUCAGCGUCGGUUAUUCACGUAACACCGGGAAGCCGUACGCUGAGGAUGGGCCUAUGGUGAAGCUACUGAAGGAGGCUGGUGCUGUACCCUUCGUCAAGACGAACCUCCCGACCACCCUUCUAUCCUUCGAGUCCACGAACGAUGUGUGGGGCCGGUGCACCAACCCUCAUAACAGCAAGUACUCGCCCGGAGGAUCUACGGGAGGAGAAUCAGCUCUGCUGGCAUUUGGCGGAAGCCGCAUUGGCAUUGGCUCGGAUGUUGCCGGUUCAGUCCGAGUUCCUGCUCACUUCUCCGGUUGCUAUUCAAUACGGUGCUCAACUGGUCGGUGGCCUAAAAUGGGCAUGAAUACUAGCAUGCCCGGACAGGAAGCUAUUCCUAGCGUUUUCAGUCCUAUGGCGCGGACAUUGAAUGACUUGACCUACUUCACCCGAAGCCUGAUUCAGAUGAAACCCUGGAGAUACGACUACACCGUACAUCCGCUCGAGUGGAGAGAAAACAUGGAGACCGAGUACAAGGAGAAAAGGCAGCUUCGAGUCGGCGUCUUGCGAACGGAUGGAGUUGUAGAUCCCUCUCCAGCCUGUGCUCGCGCGUUAGACAAAGUAGCAUCGGCCCUAACCGCUGAAGGGCACGACGUCUACGACAUCACCCCGCCAUCCCCAUACGAAGCUCUCUACCUAGCAUCCCAGCUCCUCCUCAGCGACGGCGGCAAGACAUUUCUGUCCUUUUUCCGCACCGGCGAGUGGAACGACCCUGGAGCGGCCCAGAUGGUCUCCUACAUGCGACUUCCGCGACCGAUCAAGUACCUUUACUACCUGUGGGUGAAAUACAUCAAGCGCGACAGUAUUUGGGCUGGCCUCUUACGAGACUGGCAUCCGAAGACGGCACUCGAAUACUGGCAAUUGGCUGGCAAGCGUGAGGCAUACAAGGAUAAGUUCUUUAGGUGGUGGAAUGACGAAGGGAAGAUGGACGUUUUGAUUGCGCCGCCCAAUGCUACUCCUGCUGUCCCGCAUGAUGGGAUGCACGAUGCGGUGAGCAGCUGCGGGUACACAUUUUUGUUCAAUCUUGUAAGCACCUUCAGCUCCAAUGGCGAUACCCAACUGACGAUAGCGAAGUUGGACUAUUCGGCUGGUAUCAUCCCGGUAACCCACGUCGACCCACUAUUAGAUCAACUUCCGCCUACAUUCAAUUUCAAGAAGCUGAAUGGCGUCGCCAAGGGAGCGUACAAGCACUACGAUGCCGAUAAGAUGGCAGGACUACCCGUUGGCGUGCAAGUCGUUGGCCGUCGUUUAGAAGAAGAGAAGGUACUUGCGGUCAUGGAGCGGAUCGAGGAUGCGCUCGAUAAGCACGGCGGGCGAUAUCAGUUGCUGGAGGUGGACUGA